AUGCGCCAAUCCCUGGAGAGCGGCCUCGAGCCCCGUGAAAACGGUGUCCUGGUGCAACGAUGGCCGGCGAGACAACGUCGACGCGAUCGGAUCGUCGCCGCCGCCGCCGCCGCCGCCGCCGCUGUGUUCAAGAGGGAUCGUCCGGUCGAUGUCAGCCAACACGGAGACGUCGCCGUCUCCUCCUCGACGUCUCUGUCCUCGCCGGCCCUGUCCACGGCCUCGUCCACCGACGCGUCCUCCCGUCGUUCGACCUCCCCUCCAUCGACCGUAUCGUCGCCCGCGCGCUCAACCUCCUCGGCGUCCGCGUCCGCGAUCUCUCGGGAGAAACCGCGACCGUUCGCCGAAAGAAGAGCCGUCGACGCGAGCCGGUACACCAGCGACCAGGACAGAAUCAGAAAGCGGAAGCAGGAGAGACAGUGCUCAGGGAGGUCGCGCGGCGCCAGGGACGCGACAGCGGAUAAAGCCUCGAUCGCGACGCCGACGCCGACUCCCACACCGACACCGACACCGACACCGACACCGACGCCGACGUUGACCAGUUGCGCGCCAACCUCCUCCGCAAUCUCCUCUUGUUCGCCGUUCUCCUCCUCCUCCGUUUCCACGACCUCCGACAAGGUGAACGAUCAUUCGGCUCAGUCGAGCGCCAGAAACUGUCCGUCCGUCGCGCACGCCUCCGCCAUAGAGAGUCUGCGAACCGCCCUCGAGAGUUACGAUCGCAGCAGAAUCUACCUCGCACAUGUGUCGUUUCUGGAUUGGCGGGACCUGCCGGGACGACGCCGCGUCGCCAGCGCCGCGGCUCCCGACGCGGACCGUGUGUGGGUGGUGGGGGCCGCGGAUCACGAGGGUCAUCACAGAACGCGGUUGCUGGUAACCGGUCGUCACUGGCGACCGCGUUGCUUGAGACGGGUCAACAUGUUGAGUCAGCCGGUUAUCUACGCGGGCGGAGGCAGAGGUUCUCUGACCGUCGACCUAUUUCUCUGGUGGUUUCAUCGUGAGUUCGCCGUCACGGCGAUGGCCAUGCACCCCGACGGCGCUGUGCUUGUCGCGGAAUGCGCCGAUUAUCUGCCACCGGAAGCCGAUUGCGUCACCGCGGACGGUAUGGUCAGACUGUUCGUCGUACCGAAGGACUGCCUCGAGACGCGGAUCGUCGUGAGGGAGUUGAGAGUACGACUCGCGAUCGGGACUCUGUCCAGGACUUCGUACGACGUUUAUCGCAGGCUCUCGAACCCCGUCGACGAAAUCGAUCCCCUGAACACGUACCUGAAGAAGUUUACGCUCAAAGAGGCGUUCGCCGACUUCCAUCGUGCUUGGCUGAGCGUCAGGUCCGAAACGUUCGCCAGGAGCUGGAUCCUGCCGCCCAGCGAUCGCGACGACGCCGCCUCCUCGGCAGGAUUCCAGCAGAAUCAUGCACCGAGCUUGUCGUCACGGGUUCACGCGUCCACCGAUCAGGAGGACGACCGAAUGUUGCUGCUCGAGCUUCAGACAUUGGCCAGGGAAGUGGGUUUGGAGGUCAGCGACGAGGAGCUGACCAAGUGGAUCCUCGACGAGGAGAGCGAGCUGGCGCUCUGCGUAAGGAAGAAGGAGUUCGAGGAGGGUCAUUGCCGCGUCAAGAUCGAGUCGGAGGAGAAGUGGGCCGAUUACGAGCUCGGCGAGGAGGAAGAGGAGGAGGAAGAGGAAGAAGAGGAGCCGACCGCGGAAGAGAGUGUCGGUCUGCUGUCGAGGGUGUUGACUUGGAUGGAAAGAGAGCCUCUCGAUCCAGGACUAUUGCUUGCCGUCAGAUCGAUGCGCGAUACCGCCGCGCUCAUGGCGACCAAGAUGGGCUUAGCGGGGACGCAUCCGAGCGGGUUGCCGUUCUUCUGCCCUAACGGGGACCAUCUGACUCAACCACCGCCUGCCCAUAUGGGAAUACCACCGUACGGGACGUUGGAUGCGGGCAAAGCGGCCGCAGCGGCCGGUUUGACGAGGGCGCCGAUGUAUCCCUUCUCCACGGGUCAAUAUCCGUACCCCAUGCUUAGCCCGGAAAUGACGCAAGUCGCCGCUUCCUGGCAUACACCAAGCAUGUACCCUAUCUCCCCGGCAAGCGCUGGUUUCCGAAGUCCGUACCCCACGAGUUUGCCCAUCACGACUUCUAGUUUACCAAGCGAUCUCUACCGGUUUUCGCCGACGGGUCUGAUGCCACCGCAUCCGGGACUGAGUCCGCACGCGCACGCACUAACGUCCCACACGCUAGUACCCUCGACGCCUAAAACGGACCAUUCCAACUUGGAUCAUAAUCACAGGUCUACGGUCGACCAGAAGAACUCCUCGUCGUUGGUCGCGCCCGACAGCGGAAAAGGCGUGGACUCGUCGCAACAGAACAAUCAAGAUAAAAAGAAACCCCAUAUAAAAAAGCCUUUGAACGCAUUUAUGCUGUACAUGAAGGAGAUGAGGGCGAAGGUCGUGGCAGAGUGUACCUUAAAAGAGAGUGCUGCGAUCAACCAAAUAUUGGGAAGACGAUGGCACUCGCUAAGCCGGGAGGAGCAGGCGCGGUAUUAUGAGGCGGCCAGGCAGGAACGCCAUCUCCAUCAGCAACGAUACCCCGGCUGGAGUGCCAGGGAUAACUACGGAUACGGCAGCAAGAAGAAGAAGAGGAAGAAAGAGCGCUCCGCAGAUCCCACCGGAGGUAACAACAUGAAGAAGUGCCGCGCCAGGUACGGAUUAGACCAACAAAGCCAGUGGUGUAAACCAUGCAGACGUAAGAAGAAAUGUAUCAGAUACAUGGGGGAGGGAGGAGACGGCGAUGGCGAAGCCGACGGCGAAGGCGAGGACGAUCAUUCGGAGGACAACCUGGGCAGCGUGGGGGAGGCAGGCACUCCCGAGGAAGACGAGUCCCUGAGCAGUCCCGGGGGUUUGUCCGCGUUGUCUAGUCUGGCCAGCCCGUCGCUGGUGUUACCGUCGCCCUCGAGUCUGGCCAGCCCGUGUCCUUGUCCUCUGACGCCCCCGGUGCCGCCUCCGCCCCUGUCCAACAACCCGGCCAGUCAGCCGCACGGUCAUCCGGUUCAACCGCCGCCGCCGCCGCAUCGCAACCCGGUCGGCACCAAUCCCCACGACAUCAACAAUCCCCUUAGCGUGAACCAACUGACCGGACAGUGUAUAAAGAGUGAAGUGGUGCCGGCGCCGUCGGGCACGUCCAAUCCGGCGAUCAGUGUUACGUAGCCCCGGCCGGACCCACGUGACAAGACUGUUGCAACACACCGUGUCAUCCGCAGGGUCCGUGUACGUGUACAGACGGGAGACUGGACGAUAGGAGCGAUCGCUGCCGCGACCUGGACGACCAGGAGGACGGAGAAAGCGCCGGAGAGCUGGCUCUUCUUCGUUUGGGAUCGUUGUGGGACGAGUACCGGCGCGAGAGGAUCGCCGCUGAUCGUGACCGUAGGAACGAUCGAGGGGAGUCUUCGUUGCGAGAUCAUCCUCGAUGUCGAAGUAACGAUCGAACGCCUCGAGCAAUCGACGAGACUGUUUCGAGCGAUCGGGGGUCUCGGGGCCCGCGGUUCCACAAGAUUCUUCGGCCGUGGAACGUUCGUUGACCGCUGAUCCGGGGGAUCGUCGAAUGUCUUCGGCGCGGGUAGGACGAUCGAGUCGAUCGGACGUUUCCUAAACCUCGGGGCUAAGGAUAAACGACGGAUCCUCGGGUAAUCGUGUUCACCCCACGUUGCCAUUCGUUCGCCAGAGUAUAAGACCCAGUGUCCAGAAGUUGACCGACCGACGGAAGCUGGGCGUGGACGUUGACGAACAAAAAUAAGAACAAAAACGAUUAUGAAAAUAUGAUGCAGAAAUACUCAGGACCAAGUGUCUGGCUGUAGUCACCCACUCGAGAAUACGAAGAUUGCCAGUUCGUAUGAUAGACGAGCACGAAAGGGGUCAAGAAUGAGAGUCGCGGUUUGCGUGGAUGGUGCGUGCGUGCGUGCGUGGGAAAAGGGCGAAGAAAGGCGAUUUAUAAAGGUGCGCGUGACACAGCUUGUAGUCCUUGUUACGUUGUGAUGCCAAUGACUGAGAGGUCAUGUUCCUGUGCCAGGUACUAUAUUCUAUAGUAAUUAUACCGCAGACGUGUAUAACUAAAAGGUAAAACGAGCAAAAACGAGAGAAAGCGAAAGAGUGUGUGUGUAUGUAGAACGGAUAGGAAGAAUGAGACACGAGAGAGCGAAAGAGAGAGAGAGAGAGAGAAAGAUGAAGAGUAACAGAUGAUGAUGAUGAUGAUGAUGAUGAGUCGUAGAACGAGAACAAGACUUUUUAUUGUCAUUCAUUUAUUCGACCUCACGGUGUCAAAAUACCUAUCUUCUGUAUGUAAUUUGUUAUUUUUUUAAAAGUCUAUACACAAUGCGAUUAAUUAGCGUGUAAGAUCUCGUUUUUUAGUGCAAAGCUCGUAACUUUUAGGUCGCCCCGUGAACAAUUCCCGACACCUCUGUCCCCCCCCGGUAUCUGACCCUCGUCGUUACACAUCAUCCCUUCUCCCUCGUACGCUUUUGUAUGCGUUAUUCCUCCUAUCUCGGAGACUGUACUCGGAACAAAGUCGAUUGGUCGCUCGAGGACGUCGCGAGUCGAUACAAAUCGGAUAUAUCGACUAUCACGAUUGGGAUUAAUAAUUCGGCGAUCUUGAGCGACCAAAAUUGUUGAUCACUGCACCUACAGUGUAACGCGACGGGUGGGAUAGUUUCUUUUGCGGGACACGAACGAUUCGAGGGUGUCCCAUCCGUGGAUCUCCAUUGCAUAAUACAAUAUAUUAACGAGCUAUUUAGGUGAAAUCUCAGGAAUAAUCUGUCCAAACUCAAGAUCGAAACCAUCUCCUUCGUGAACGAUUACACCGUAUCCUCCCCCACCUUCGAUCCUCUUCAACACUGCCAACUUUCCUCUACGCGCCCCACGGAAAUAUUUCUUUCGCGACGGUCGGGAGCAUCGAAAACGAUCGGGAAGACGCGGGACGAGGCGAUCGAAAUCAAACGCACCGCUCGCGCUUUCGUGCCAUCGAAGACAAUAACCGCGGCGAAUGAGAGAGACUGUUUUGUAGCAUCAAAGGCGCGAUCGAGAGCUUCCACUAGAAAACGCGUCCGAUCGAGUCGCCGCUUCUUACCGAUCGUUCAACGAGAGAGACGCGUUGCAUUAUUUAUCGAGCUACGAUAUCGGUUUUUCGCGCCGUUCGUUUCUUGCUACUUCAAAUCCCGUCGAUUCCGUUCCUAUCGUUUCCCUUGCCCCCCUCCCCUCCUCUCCCUCUUCUAUACUUCCCGUUGUCGCUAUUUCCCCGAGAAACCGAAGAAUCGAAAGUCGACGCCAAAUAUUUCAGCUACUCGAUACCGUUUCUACAACUUUCCCCCCGAUGAAAUUCCCCAUCGGUUUCGAACGUCUAAAAUAUUUGACGCCCCCACCCCUCUCCCCCCUUUGGUUUCGUUGCUUCCUUUCGUGAAAUAGCUCCGUGAAAAUUCCGUUAUCGGUAGGGAAUAUUUUUGUCGAAGCGUGCAACGCGUAGCGCGACGUUUGUAGCAAUUUUUAGGAAAUUUGUAAAAAUUCCAAGCGGACUCGGAAGAGAGCCCCGGAAUCGGAACUUUGGUCCGACUUUAAUUUUGUUUUUACAGUUUUCGAUCGUCGAUCUACGAGGUUUCCGUAGCGACGAAAGGAAGAAAAGAUUUGUCGAUCGUGCGUUGUUCUUUUAUCGUGUUUUUAUUUUCUGAUCGAACUCUGUUAUCGUGGAAUGAACGUGCGAACAAAUCGAAGAUCGCGACGAUAAUAUUCUUCGUUUAAUUUUAUCAGUUUUGUCUGCCCAAUCGGCGAGAAAGAAUCGUAGCGAUAGUAUUAGAGUUUAAUUUCUUUAAUCGCGCGGAAACAGGCUGAUCGUCGCGUAACUUUGCAAUGUCUUCUUUUUUUUUUAAUUCUCAGCCGUUUCCCGACUGUUUCGUUACAAUUUUCUGUUAUGUUUCCGGAUUCGUUAUCUGGUCAAAGCGUGAAACUUCUCUUCGAUCCAAGAACAGAGAUGGAACCGCGCGCAAUGUUAAUCGUUUAACGCAAAUUCCUGAUAGUUAAUGUUUUCGUACCAUUUGCGUAUACCCUCGGUGCAAUCUGACUUCCCCCUCUUUUCGUCUCUCUCCCCCAUCCCCUUGCCAAGAUGAUAACGACCGAAAGAGCAAAGAAAAAUAGAGAAAAGAACGAAACCGAUCGAAAAUGAAGCAAUUCCAAGCACGGCAAUAGAAGAGAAAACCGGUCGAAAAUUGUUUUCGCGCGUGUUCGCAUUAGGGAGCAGCUUUUGUACAUAAAAUACGUUCUAAGGUGCAUUUGUUGCGUCGAAUGGGAAAGUGCAAUGGAGGACUUUGACGACGACGAUGGAAAGAGAGAGUGUUGUGCCGCGAUGUGGAUGAUCACGUGCGUGCGUUGUCGAGGCGGAUAAUAAAAGGACGGGAGAGAGAGAGUGCGUGUGCGUAUACGUGCGCGUGCGCGUGUGUGUGUAUGUGUGCGUGCGAUAGAGAGCAAAGACAAGAAGAAACAGUUUAGCGAAGCGUUUUUCCUUCCUGUUAUUUCCUUUUAUUUCCCCCAAUUUUCUUUUUUUUUUCUUCUUUUUUUUUUCACGUUUAUUCGUAAUCGCUUCUCGACCGAGAUAAUCGCGCGAUGUCUGUUUAGCGAGAAACGUAAUAUAAGUCUGUAAACGCGUCACUAAACGGUUAACUGAACGUGCCAUAACGACAUCAUGCCAAUAUUAUCGAUAAUACAUAUUUUUUACGAUUAACGAUCCGUUUCGAAUUCGUUCUGUCAAUGGUCAGGGUUCGCCAUUCACGGACACUCUCGCGAAUCUCUGCUGUUCAUUUUUUAACUUCUCUUCGUUGCUUCCUGCUCCGAAGAUUUUUGGCAAGCGAUCUAUUUGUCUCGAAGAUUCACAAGCGUGCAAUUUAACGGUCUCAAACUUUUGAGAUAGAAAAAUUCAACUACCGUAUAGAAAUCUUAAAUAGUUCGGUAUCCUCGAUACCGAUAUUUUCUCCUUACCUUUAGUCCUUAACCCCUUGACGUACGAUUAUAAUUGUAAUAAAUUUUUCGAACGUAUACUGUUUAAUUUUGUAUGAAAAUGUAUUGACUUUAAUUGUACUAGAUUUCACGACGAAUCAGACUCGUUGUACGACAAGUGGUUAAUACUAUCGUAACAAUACUGCCAAAGAUCUUCAGGAGUCUCCGAUCGCGAAUCGCGUCAAGAUGGAACGAGCCGAAGAAAUCGUUGCGUGUGGAGGAACGAAGCAACGAAGAAGGAUCGACCGAUCGAUCGAUCGAGAGGACGAAACGUGCGAGCACGAGGACAGCGGACGGUUCACAGGGACGAGCGUACGCGAAAAGGGGAACUGUCGUUGAUAGUACCCGACAGACGUUGGCCACAAAGAAAAGACUUAUAAAGCCGUGCGAUGUAUUAUUGCGUGCGUGUGCGUGCGUGCGUGUAUCUGCGUGUGAAUGGUACGACGAUGACUGGUGUAGGAAGAGUCGGGUUGCGGGAGCAGAGAUCCCAGGAGACGCUCGGUUGAAACGCGUUUUCUCGAUCGCGAUGUUCGAAACGUCCGAACAAUUCGGCCGACUUGUACGCGCGUUUCCCCACAGAUUCCAAACCCCGUUGCUCGGCAAACAAGAAAUUCAUUCGUGAUCGCGCGAGUAAUCUGAUUCGAUUUCGGUUCGCGGAACGAUCCACGGGGAUUGAGCUUCGUUGAUCGAGAACCGAGACGUUCUUCGGUUAGGAACUCUGCUCGCGGAACUUGGGCGUUAGUUCACUUUCCGAGGAACUAGACGACGUCACGAAGUGUGGUCCGUUGUGGUCCCCCAUGGAUGGUCAGGGACGAAGGAAGCUGUUCUCGCGUUUCUUUCGGGGUGUUUGGAAAGGGUGUACAGCGGGAUACAGCGUGGUCGCGACCGACGACCGUGGAACAGCUUCCGAGCCUGUUAAAAAAACACGGCCUACCAGACCGCGCGAGACGUCAUCGUAUCGCUCGAGAAAGCCUGCCCGCGGCUGAUCGCGAAAAUUCUGUCCCGACGAACGAUUUUUCGGCACUAGCCGCGGCCGAGCUCGUCUCGCAUGAAAAGGAGUGCUUGUAACAUAUUGUAAAGUAUCCACGACAGUUUUCAGCUGCGUUGUACAGUGUUUUCUAAGUAUCUAGUUAAUAGCGUGUAAUUGAAGAUACAUUGUAUUUACACUAAUAAGUGAUCUGUAUCAAAUUCAUUCUCGUAUAGCCUGUAUCUCCUACUCAUGUAGACGCUAAAAGUGAUUUGUGUCAUAA